AAGAGAAAGUAACUGCGUCAGUGAUGCAAGUCUGUAUAUGUUGCAAAGCCCAAACCCCGAUCCGCAUCCAAACCCAUUCCCCCAUCCAUGGAAGAAAAACGUGGAGACGCCGGAACUCAGCCUCCGGCUAAUGCCGACUCUCCGGCCGCCGAGCCUACUUCUUCGAGACGCCGCGCCGGAGGCCAAAAGCGAAAGGCCAGCAGCCUCGGCGGCUCGGGCUCUUCAUCAACACCGUCGAAACGCUUGACUCGCGAGAAGGCUUCGCUUUCUCACCCUCCGAUCCACAACGGCCCGUUGACGAGGGCCCGCCAGGGGCCCAAUAACCAUGCGUCGGCCUCAGCCGCGGCCGUGAAGCCUGCUGCUCAGACGAAGCGGCCGGAGCCGUCGUCGGUGGAGGCGGAGCGGGCUAAAAGGGAGAGCGAGUUGGAGGCUUUGGAGGCUUCUAUGGAAGCUGAGUUUGAAGCCAUUAGAUCUCGCGAUGCCAAUGCUCAUGUGGUUCCCAGUCAUUGUGGUUGGUUUUCAUGGACAAAGAUUCACGCCAUUGAGAAGCGUAUGUUGCCGUCUUUCUUUAAUGGGAAGUCUGAUACUCGAACUCCCGAUACAUACCUGGAGAUACGCAAUUGUAUUAUGAAAAAAUUCCAUGCGAAUCCAGGAACAUUGGUUGAACUGAAGGAUAUGUUGGAGCUUGAAGUGGGAGACUUCGAUUCAAGACAAGAAGUAAUGGAAUUUUUGGACCACUGGGGUUUGAUAAAUUUCCACCCUUUCCCACCAACAGGUUCUACUGUUGCGAAUGUCAACAGUGAUGAGGUGACAGAAAGGGAUUCUUUGGUAGAUAAGUUGUAUCACUUUGAAGCACUAGAAUCACGAUCAUCAGUGGUUCCUAAGACUAACUUAUUUACUCCAACUGUGCCAUCUGGUCUGUUCCCAGAGUCUACAUUUGCUGAAGAAUUGGUGAGGCCUGAGGGGCCAGCUGUUGAGUACCAUUGCAACUCUUGUUCAGCUGAUUGCUCACGCAAACGCUACCAUUGCCAGAAGCAGGCAGAUUUUGAUCUGUGUUCUGAUUGCUUUAACAACGGGAAAUUCGACUCGGGUAUGUCUUCAUCAGAUUUUAUUCUUAUGGAGCCUGCUGAGGCUCCUGGGGUAAGUGGUGGGAAGUGGACAGAUCAGGAGACCCUCCUUCUCCUUGAAGCAUUAGAAUUAUAUAAAGAAAACUGGAAUGAGAUUGCUGAACAUGUUGCAACAAAAACAAAAGCUCAGUGUAUAUUGCACUUUGUUCAAAUGCCAAUCGAGGAUACCUUCCUAGAUCAUGAUGAUGAUAUUGAUGCCAGUGCCAAAGAAACUGCAGAUCCAACUUCAACUAACAAUGAUUUAUUGCCCCCCAAAGAUGCUCCUGAAACAACAGAGAAUAAGACAAGUGCUAAUGACAGUGACCCUCAAACUUCCCCGAUGGAAAUUUCAAAAGAAGAAGCAAGUGAGGUUAAAGUUGGGGAGGAUACUUCAAAGCCAGAAGAUGAAAAUGAAGUCAAAGUUGGUCAGGACACCUCGAAGUUGGAAGAUACUGGUGAUUUGAAAAUUGAUCAGGAAACAGAUGAGAACCUUGCAUUGAAGGCUCUUAAAGAAGCCUUUGAAGUUGUUGGUUAUCCUCAAACACCUGAAAGUCAACUCUCAUUUGCAGAUGUGGGAAACCCUGCCAUGGCAUUGGCAGCAUUCCUGGCACGGGUGGUGGGACCGGAUCAUGCCAUUGCCUCAGCACAUAAUUCUUUGAAAUCCAUAUCUGCAGAUUCUCCUGGCAUUGAGCUGGCUUCGAGGCACUGCUUUAUUUUGGAAGAUCCACCAAAUGACAGAAAGGAACAAGCUAGUUGUGAUAGUGUUGCUGCUGAAAGGCAAGUGCAGAGUGAGAAAGUCGAUGAAGAAAAUAGUCAUAAAGAGGAUAACUCCACCUCAGGUUUGGAAGAUAGAGGUGUAUCAAAUGAUAACAACGACAAGAAACUUGAAGAAGUUACUCCUGAAGAAAAGUCACAAUCUACAAAAGAACAAGAUGACAGGGUUUCUCAUGAGGAAGUAGGAACUGAUAAAUUGAACAAGUCAAACAACUCAGAGUUACCAAAUGACCAACCACCAACUUUGGGGGAGUCAGAUAAUUCAAAAGUUGAGACACCACCAAGUUCAGUAAAGGAGUCGGGAGAGGGAACUUCAGUAGGACAGCCUUCUGAAACCAUAGAGACACCAAUGGAUGUGGAUAUGUCUGACUCCAAUCCCUCAACGAAGACGGAGCCUCAGCAACCAGUUACAUCAAAUUCAGCUGAGGAACCUUCUCAGUCUACAGAGGCAUCAAAAGAAGUGGAUGUAUCUAAUGCUCUGCCUUCAGAAAGAGAUCAGACUCCACCACCAGUUACUGGAAAAUCAGAAGUACCCCCUCAACCUACAGAAACAUCAAAGGAUGUUCUUAUGGUGUGUGACUCUCAGCCCCCACAAGAGAAUGAGCCUUCCCAACCAGUUGAAAACACUGCAAGUGAGGAUCAGACUGAUGAUAGUAAACACGAGAAGCAUGACUGUACAGACCCAAAAAAUGAUAAAAAGCAAGAGACAAAAGGCGAACAGAAAAUUGAUAAAAUAAAGCAAGCUGCAGUUUCUGCAGUCUCAGCAGCUGCUGUGAAGGCAAAACUUCUAGCAGAACAGGAAGAAGAUCAAAUUCGACAGCUUGCAGCAAUGUUGAUAGAGAAGCAGUUGCAUAAGUUGGAAGCCAAGUUAGGUUUCUUUCAUGAGAUGGAAAGUGCUGUGAUGAGGGUAAAAGAGCAAUUGGAUAGGUCAAGACAGAAGCUCUACCAUGAGCGGGCACAGAUAAUUGCUGCCCGACUUGGCUUACCAGGUUCCUCAUCUAGAGGAAUGCCAUCUGCGAUGCCUACCAAUAGAAUGGCCACGAAUGCUGCAAACUCAGUUCCAAGGCCCCCACUUAUGAUGACCUCUCAAAGGCCACCCAUGUCGAGACCCACGGGGGCGGUGGCUUCGACCCCUUUAAACCAAUUUUCGUCCUCAACUUUGUCAGGAAGUGUGAUUCGGCCUCCCAGUCAGGACAGCCUUUCUUCUAUUGGGACAAAGUAAAUUUCAUAAGAGAACAUGUGAGUUAUUCAAGUUUGGCCAUGUGAGUUAUUCAAGUUUGGCAGAUUCUUGGUUGCUAUUUUGGAAUUUCAAAAUUCUGUCAACAGAAUAUAACCUUGUCCAUGUUCCCAGUGUUACCACUGAUAAAACCAGACACAAGGGGCUCUCAGAGAUGUUCUGAAUGUGCUCUGUUGUCUUGCUGCAAGGCGUGUCAUUAAGUUUUGGUUGAUUUGAUGAUCUGGGAAGUGGCCUAUCUAUAAACUUUAUUUGAGGUUCUCAAAAGCUAAUCCGUCCAGUUCCAUGACCAAUGAUUACCUUGUAAUAUGAAGACUGAGGCGAAGGCACAGGCAGCAUCUUCUCUACCAGACAGGACUCACCGGAUGUUCCCUACAAUAUAACCUUUUUAAGCUUCUAUUUGAAGCAGUGCUUUCAAGUCGAUGUCCACUUGAAUUUGGCUGCUGUAACUUUUCAUGAGGUGAUGUUAACUCGAGUUGUAUCAUAUUUUAUUCCGUAAGAAAUACUAUACUGUACCUCAGACAGCUUAGAGAUUCAAAGUAGUGCGUGGGAUGUCAUCAAGUCUAAUGUUGGAUUGAGUUCAUUUAGCUCAUAUGACUUUAUUAUAUAGAAUCAGCUUCAAUGCAGAGUCUACAAAAUUUGCCCCUGGA